CGAGCAUCAUAAUCGUAGAUCAUUGCGUCAUAUUCUUAAGUUCUUUCACCAUUACAAAUCUCCCGCCGCCAGAACUACAAAACCAUUCGCAACCACUGCUUUACCAAUAACCACAACUACACCAACAACCACUGCUUCUCCAAAAACCACAUGUAUUCGAAAAGCCUUUUGUCAAAACGAUUACAAAUGGGAUCAAUCUGAAUGCAAAUGCAUCUCAAAGACAACUUCAUCGCCCACAACCUCAAUCACUGCUUCACCACAACAAACGUGUCCUGUAAUCGAUUGUCCAAAUAAUUACUAUGUUGAUCCAUCUGACUGUAAAUGCACCCCGCAAAUCAAACUUAGUACUGAUUCUCUUAGUUCUAGAACCGCACGCCGAGUAACUUAUAGGCCCAUAACCAGACCAUCUAGAGCAGGAAAUCCGGUUUAUCCAAAAUACGCAGCAAAUCCUUCCGAAUAA